AUGCCUGCCGCGGGCCGUGCCCCCCGCCCGGGCUAGGCUGGGCUCCGCGCAGACGUUGCCGGCCGCGGCACGCAGGGAAGCUGCGCCCCCGCGCAGCGAUGCGCGCUGCCCCCGGGCGGGCCGGAGAACAAAGGGCCGCCGGCUGCCGCCUCCCAGCCCCGGGCCGCGCCGAGCCGCGCCGCUCCCCGCGGCCACCUGCUGCUCCGCGCCCCGGCGGCGCCCGGCACCGGCACCGGCACCUCCCUGCGCGGGGCGGCGGAGGCUGCGGCCGCGCCCCGCGCUGAGCCGGUGGCCGCCGCGCGGAGCGGGGCCGUCUGCGAGCGCCGCGGAGCUGUCCGUGGUGCUGCCGGCGGCGGCCCGGCCCGGCCACGGGGAGCGGCACCCUCGGAGCCGACGAGGAGGGGAGAAGCGGCGUUUUCCGAAAGAGCCUCUGCCCAGGUUGAGACUCACUCCUGGCUCGGAACAAUGGCUGCGCUGCCAAGGCUGGUUUGUGCGUCUUCGGUCGUGUUGGUGGUCUGGGCUGGUUUUUGUUCUGCAGUAUGUGUUGAAGUUCCAUCAGAGACAGAGGCUGUCCAAGGAACACACAUGAAGCUACUCUGCAUCUCCUGCAUGAAGAGGGAAGAGGUCACAGCCAGCACGGUGGUGGAAUGGUUCUACAGGCCGGAGGGUGGAAAAGACGAACCUAUUUACGAGUACAGGAAAAAGAACCAUGAAUUUCCAAGCCGCUUCAGUGGUCGGUUACAGUGGAACGGGAGUAAAGACAUGCAGGACGUAUCCAUCACUGUGUUAAAUGUGACCCUGAACGAUUCGGGUACCUACACCUGUAACAUCACCCGGGAGUUUGAGUUCGAGAUUCACCGACCUCUCUUCACAAGCUCCAGAGUGAUCCACCUCACCGUGGUGGAGGAGGCUGGAGAAGACUUCACCUCGGUCAUCUCUGAAAUUAUGAUGUAUAUUCUGCUGGUCUUCCUCACCUUGUGGCUACUGAUAGAGAUGGUCUAUUGCUACAGGAAAGUCUCUAAGGCGGAGGAGGCUGCCCAGGAAAAUGCGACAGACUAUCUUGCGAUUCCAUCAGAAAACAAGGAAAACUGUGCUGUGCCUGUGGAGGAAUAG